CGUCAUGAUGUUUUUACACACGUGUUGGGAUUUGUAUCUGUGUGAGAGAUAUUUCGGUUCAGUUGUUAUAGACAGAUCAGCUUUGAGCGCACGAGCUGGAGGAAAUCAGCUGUUGUCUCUCUGAUAAGGCGACCAUGCAACAUAUGAAUAUGUACAUGGUUCCCAAUGAAGGGAUACCAGGCUGUCCUCCUGGAUUAGAGUACCUGACAGAGAUAGAUCAACUUCUGAUAAAACAGAAAGUUGAGCUUAUAGAAGCUCUGGUAGGCUUUGAGAGCAACAACAAAUAUGAGAUCCGUAACACACUGGGUCAGAACGUGUACUACGCGGUGGAGGAGAACGACUGUCUGACGCGUCAGUGUUGUGGGCCGCUGCGUUCUUUCACCAUGCGCAUCCUCGAUAACUUUGGACAGGAAAUCAUCACAGUCAACCGUCCACUCAAAUGCAUGUCCUGUUUCUUCCCAUGUUGUCUGCAAGAGUUGGAGGUCCAGGCUCCUCUAGGAAACACAGUGGGAUAUAUAUUGCAGCAGUGGCACCCUUUCUUUCCCAAGUUCAUCGUACAGAAUGAACACAGACAGCCGGUUCUCAAGCUCCAGGGGCCUUUCUGUGGCUGGAGCUGCCUGCCAGAUGUGGAUUUUGAGAUUUUGACCAUGGAUGGAGUCAGUAUCGGGAAGAUCAGCAAGCAGUGGACUGGACUUCUCAGAGAGAUGUUCACUGAUGCGGACAACUUUGGAAUUCAGUUCCCGAUGGAUCUUGAUGUGAGAAUGAAGGCUGUGAUGAUCGGAGCCUGCUUUCUUAUAGAUUUCAUGUUUUUUGAAACAAACAACUAGCUGCAAAGUGGAGGCAUGUCUGGUUCGUAGAUGUUGAGCUCUGAGAAAACAGAUGAAAAAGAAGACCUGACAUUUACCUUUGCACAACAUACAUCUGUGAAAGCAAAAUUAAUGCAUGUGAAUAAUAAUAAUAAUAAUGAGCUGAUAGAGACUUUGUAAAGUUGCUUCAGGUGUGUGAUAUAACUGGUUGUACUGACUGACUGUGUUAAUUUUUUCAUAUACACAUUAUAGAUUAUUGUAAAUAUUUUCUGCAUAAAUAGCAUCUUAAUGUAAUAGUUCACCCACAGAUGAAAAUUCUGGCAUCAUUUACUGACUCUACAAAAAACUGUAUGACUUACGUUUUUCAAUGCAACAUGAAUUUUCGGAGAUACUGAAUUUGGGAUUUUCAUUAGUUGUCAGUUUUAAU